CGCCUGCGCCUGCAGCGGACAUCGCGGCUAGAUUUCUACACUCGCACUGGAAUGAGUGGUUUCUAUUCCGAUGUUUAUCUUUGAAGUAGGUCUGUAGCAGUUUGAUCCAUCAUUAUUUCUCAAUCUAAGAAGGAAAAUUACCACCGGAUCAAAAUGAGUAAGCUUUACGUGGGAAACCUUCCUUCUGACAUCAACGAGGCCACACUCCGUCAACUCUUCCUGGACAAUAACCUGCCAUGCGGGACCAUCCUGAUCAAGCGCGGGGGCUACGCCUUCGUGGACUGCGCUGACCAGUCCAUAGCCGACAAGGCCAUCGACCAGCUGAACGGCGCCAACUUCCUGGGAACCCAGAUACAGGUGGAACCCUCUGUUGCCGGAACCACGAGGAAGCGCAGUCCCGUUCAAUCAGGAGGGGACCAAAUGGUAAAGAGUUAACCUGCCACCGCCAAGACCAUAGAAAUAACGCUGAUUUGUUACAAUUUUGUUUUACAAUGAUUUUCUUUUUAUACUCUUUUCAAGAUGUUAAUAAAGUGUUGGGCUUGAUGCUGA